CAAGUUCUGAGGCAGACAGCUGCCAUUUCUUAACCUUAUUUGCCCAUUUGUGGUGGUUGCUGAUGAGGUUUUGGGGUGAUGGUGGGGGGUCCGGAGCUGACAACCAAGAACAUUCUUGAAGACGUCUUUGGUGCAAAAAAGAUGAUUUUAUUAAAGCAUGGGGACAGGACCCAUGGGCAGUAAGAGCUGCCCAGGGACCAUGAGGAGAGACUGGUUAUAGGUUAUGGAGUUGGGGGAGGUAAAGUCCAGGGGAAGUUUCCGAUGAGAUUUUCACAUGCUAAAGAUCCCAGGAUACUGGAGGCCUAGCUAUUGUCAAACUAAGGUUGUUUUCCCUCUAGCGAAGCAUUAGCAUUAAGACAAUAGGGAGUCCCUGGAAAAAAAGCCUCAAGUAUUUGUCUGGGCUGCAGGUUAUAAGGAAAUUUAAUUUUUUUUUCCAUUUCUUUCUGUCUUUGUUUCCCACAUCAGUUGUUGCUUUUGUUAUGUUAAAAGAAUGGCACUAUCAGAAUGAAUUCCUAGAGUGUGCAGACAACUAACCAGAAGGAGAUGUAUUCGACUUUACUGUUAGAUAGUAUGUUUCUCACAUGGAGUUUUAAAAAAUAACUUAAGUUUAUUUAUUCAUUAGAGAGAGAGAGAGAGAACUUGACUCGGGGCUCCAUCCCCUGGAACCGGGAGAUCAUAACCUGAGGUGAAAUCAAGAGUCAGACGCUUAACUGACCGAGCCGCCCAGGUGCCCCUAAAAAAAUCACUUUUUGAUUAAGUUUGAAAAUAUCAAUGGCAAAAAAUUCAAGCACCAGACUGUCUCGGAAAACAAGUUUGUUAAAAACAAGGGACUAGUUAGCAUCCAUUCUCUAUUAGCACAUGAAUGAUCUUCUCUCUCUAGGAGUUUUAGCAGAGUGCGGAUCUUGACCCCUCCCUCUUUAAUGGGGGACUGAUCAAAACGCAAGAAUAGAAGCAAAGCAUCUGAGACACAGCCAGGUCUGCUCUUCCUUUCUCAGCCCAGCCGCCACAAUAUGCAUUUUGAAUUCAGCCAAUAAUCAUCUGUGGUUUAUCAACAGCAUGUUUUUCACUUUGCAUAGAAACAGCAGUCAGCUCUCUAGAAUGAAGGAGCCACAGAAAUUCUAUUUUAAUACAGGCCUAUCAAUUAACCCACCAGCCCCUAUUCUACAUAUGAAUAGGAGAAAAUUGGUUUACACUUCCUGUGUAAUUUCAGUGGGAUUCAGUAGAUGGCAUAAAAGAGCUUUUCUUCCCACCCCCAACAUUUAAAUGUAGUUGCUAGUGAAAUAAAUGUUCCAGGAAGUACUUAAAUUUCCUACAGAUUGCCAAUGCGACCGACUGGCAGGUUUGUUGGAUUUGUACCUGUAUCAAGAUGCUCUAAAGGAUAACAACUAUUCUUAGGAAUGUCUAAUAUUACAAAAUGAUGAAAACUAAUUCUAGCAUCUUCCAUUUUGCCAUCAUCUUCAUGUUAAUACUUGAGACCAAAAUCCAACUGACUGAUGAAAGUGAAUUUUUGGUUGACAGAUCACAAUCAAGUCUCUUUCAUGUUCCCAAAAACCUAUCCCUGAAAACAACAAUCUUAAAUAUAUCACAAAACUAUAUAUCUGAGCUUCGGACUUCUGACAUCGUAUCACUAUCAAAGCUAAGGAUUUUGAUAGUUUCUCAUAACAGAAUUCAAUAUCUUGAUAUUAGUGUUUUCAAAUUCAACCAGGAAUUGGAAUAUUUGGAUUUGUCCCACAAUGAAUUGUGGAAGAUUUCUUGCCAUCCUACUGUGAAUCUCAAGCAUUUAGACCUCUCAUUUAAUGCAUUUGUUGGCCUACCCAUAUGCAAAGAGUUUGGCAAUAUGUCUCAACUAGAAUUUCUGGGGUUGAGUGCCACACAAUUACAAAAAUCUAGUGUGCUACCAAUUGCUUCUUUGCAUAUAAGUAAGGUUUUACUGGUCUUAGGAGACACUUAUGGGGAAAAAGAAGACCCUGAGAGCCUUCAAAACUUUAAUAUAGAAAGUCUACACAUUAUUUUCCCCACAAGAAAAGAAUUCAGUUUUAUUUUGGAUGUAUCAGUCAGCACAGCAGUAAGUCUGGAACUUUCCAAUAUCAAAUGUGUGCUAGAUGAUAACGGGUGUUCUUAUUUCCAAAAUGUUCUGUUAAAACUUCAGAACAACUCAAGGUUAUCAAAUCUUACUUUAAACAACAUUGAAACAACUUGGAAUUUUUUCAUUAUGAUCAUCCAGUUGGUUUGGCAUACAAGCAUAAAGUAUUUCUCAAUUUCAAAUGUAAAACUACAAGGUCACCUUGACUUCAGAGAUUUUGAUUAUUCGAACACUUCACUGAAGGCCUUCUCUAUACACCAAGUGGUCACUGAUGUGUUCAGUUUUCCACAAAGUUAUAUCUAUGAAAUCUUUUCAAAUAUGAACGUCCAAAAUUUCACAGUGUCUGGUACACAUAUGGUCCACAUGGUUUGUCCAUCCCAAAUUAGCACAUUUUUAUAUUUGGAUUUUUCUAAUAAUCUCUUAACAGAUGUGGUUUUCAAAAAUUGUGGAAACUUGGCUAAAUUAGAGACACUUAGUUUACAAAUGAAUCAAUUAAAAGAACUUGCAAGUAUAGUUUAUAUGACCAAAGAGAUGAAGUCUCUACAACAAUUGGAUGUUAGUCAGAAUUCUCUAAGGUAUGAUAAAAAUGAAGGAGAUUGCUCUUGGACUACAAGUUUAUUAAGUUUAAAUAUGUCUUCAAAUAUACUUACUGACUCUGUUUUCAGAUGUUUACCUCCUAAGAUCAAGGUACUUGAUCUUCACAAUAACCAAAUAAGAAGCAUUCCUAAACCAAUCAUGAAACUAGAAGCUUUGCAAGAACUCAAUGUUGCCUCCAAUUCCUUAGCCCACCUUCCUGACUGUGGAGCUUUUAGCAGCCUUUCUGUACUGAUCAUUGACCAUAAUUCAAUUUCCAACCCAUCAGCUGAUUUCUUCCACAGCUGCCAGAAGAUUAGGUCCAUAAGAGCAGGAAACAAUCCAUUCCAAUGCACCUGUGAGCUAAGAGAAUUUAUCCAGAGUAUAGGCCAAGUAUCAAGUGAAGUGGUAGAGGGUUGGCCUGAUUCUUAUAAGUGUGACUAUCCAGAAAGCUAUAAAGGAACCCCACUAAAGGACUUUCGUGUGUCUCAGUUAUCCUGCAACACAGCUCUGUUGCUUGUCACCAUUGGGGUCACUGUGUUGGUGUUGACUGUUACUGUGACUGCCCUCUGUAUGUACUUUGAUCUGCCCUGGUAUCUCAGGAUGGUGUGUCAGUGGACCCAGACCCGGCACAGGGCAAGGAACCUACCCUUAGAAGAACUCCAAAGAACCCUUCAGUUCCACGCUUUUAUUUCAUAUAGUGGGCAUGAUUCUGUGUGGGUGAAGAGUGAAUUACUACCAAACCUAGAAAAAGAAGACCUAAGGAUUUGUCUCCAUGAGAGAAACUUUGUUCCUGGCAAGAGCAUUGUGGAGAAUAUCAUCAACUGCAUUGAGAAAAGUUACAAGUCCAUUUUUGUUUUGUCUCCCAACUUUGUUCAGAGUGAGUGGUGUCAUUAUGAACUCUACUUUGCCCACCACAAUCUAUUUCAUGAAGCUUUUGAUAACUUAAUUUUGAUCUUGCUGGAGCCUAUUCCACAGUAUUCCAUUCCCAGCAGCUAUCACAAGCUCAAAAAUCUCAUGGCACGAAGGACUUAUUUGGAAUGGCCCAAGGAGAAGAGCAAACAUGGACUUUUUUGGGCUAACCUAAGAGCAGCUAUUAAUAUUAAAUUGAUGGAGCAAGCAAAAUAAAUAGAUCACACAUAGAUCAAAAAAUAUAUGUGUGCUGCUUUUGGAAAAAUGUUGCUGCUUUUGGAAGUUCCAACAAUGACUUUAUUUUCAUCAACACAAAUCUAAAUGCAAUUUUGAAUGUGUGAUGCAGAUAAACACAAGUACUUUCAGGCUCCAGUUCACCAUUUACAUAUGGCAAUGAAAAUUAAUGAACUAAUUGUAAACAGUUAA